UCGAGCAGUUACAAACGGAAAGACAAAGUUAUUAUACACUCCAUAGUAUGGUGGAGGGUAUAAAAACAGUAAAUAUAAACCGAUUAUCAUCAAAUACAAUAUGGUUCGUCCUUGGGACAAACGGAUAUGGUUUGGAAAAUUUCAUCUCAAUAAUAAUAAAUGCGACCUGUAUUUUGUUCACAAAUAUACGGACUGACAUGCAUAAAUCGACUCAGAAAGUGAUUCUUUGAAGAUCCUCAAAAGUAACUAUGGUUCUAUCUCGCUUCCUUCUCCAUGUUACAAACAAAUGCACAGAGACAUAAUACCCUUACCACAAUGUGGUGUAUGGUAUAAUGAAACAAUGAUAUAACACAUUCACUCUUAUUAAGGAUCAUUGUUUUUAAAACAUAUUUUUGCAUUUUUAGAUUAUUAGAGUGCAAUCCAUAAGAAUAGCUUUAAUUUUAGCUACCCUUUUCUAUUUGGCAGUUAUGAGCUUUCUAAUUUUAUCACUGACCUUGAAUAUGUUGCCAAUGACCUUGCAUUGUUGCAAUAUAUGUAAGCUAAGUGUACGAUGUGUGUGUGUUAAAAAUCGCAAUUACCACAGUGAAUAGUUGGAGUAUAAAACAACCAACAAAAUUACAAGCCAGUAUCAGUUUCCUUUUGAACUUUGAAGUUAACUAAGCAUCUUGAACCAGUUUGAAAAAUCAGCAUAAUGGCUUCUCCGAUGACCGUGUUUGCUUUUUUGGCCAUUUGCAUUGCCUUAACUGUGGCUGGACCUCUUCCUAAUAAGCAGGGCGGUAGUGGUCAUGGACAGGCCACUAGCUAUGCUGUUGUAACCCAACACAAUGAUAAGGGAAGUGGUUCGGCAAAAUCCGAUGGCGGCUAUAGCCAUGGAGGCGAUCAUUACGGUAAAUCUGAUGGCCAUUCUGGACAUGGUGAUGACCAUUCGGCAGAUUAUUACAGCUAUCCUAAAUAUGAUUUCGCCUAUGGCGUUGAGGACUCGAAAACCGGUGACAUUAAGGAACAGCAAGAGUCCCGAGAUGGCGAUAAAGUGCAAGGAAGCUAUUCUCUCAAAGAAUCCGAUGGAACAACUCGUCUGGUGACAUAUACUUCCGAUAAGAAGAGCGGUUUCGAGGCUACGGUCCAUAAAAUUGGUCAAGCCAAUGCUGGAAUUGAAUACAAGUAUGGUCACUAAACAUUAAAAAAUAAUACUAAAUAUUGCCGGCUAUUUUAAAGAAAUGAUAAAUGAUUGAAGAUGAAGAAAUGUAAAUUAUGUCA